GAAGAUGAUAAAGAUCUUCUUACUCCAGAUAUACUUAUAGAAGAUUCGGCGUUGCCCAAGAUACAAAUUCUUCCUCCAACGCCGACCCAACAGCAAACCCCAUCAUCAGAGCCCGAGCUUGAUUUUACUGUUGAACCAGCUAAACCCGGAGAUUAUGACAAUGGAGAUGAUGACGAUGAAGAUGACGACGAUUUUGUGGAGCCAGAAAUACCCGAAGUCUUGCCAAAGCCCGAUAUCGAGGACGAGUUAGAUCUGCCGGAGUCAGAACCAGGGGCCAUUGUUCCGCAAAUAGUAGAUCAAGACAAACUUGACAUUCAAGAGAAGCUAAAGAAACAAAUCAAGCGGACGUCACGUGCCAACCAACCUAUUGAGUUUACUGAUUCCGCGUUUGGGUUCCCGCUCCCACCGCCAUCGCAUUCUACGUUGGUCAUGCUUGAUUAUCGAUUCCCCGUCCAUGUGGAACGAGCCAUUUACAGGUUGUCGCAUUUGAAAUUGGCCAACCCCAAACGAUCCCUUCGUGAACAGGUGUUGUUGUCGAAUUUCAUGUACGCCUACCUUAAUUUGGUGGAUCACACGCUACAUUUAGAACAACAUCAGCAGAAACUUGAAAAUGAAGGUGACUGUGACGAGGAAGAGGAUAUAAACUUUGAAAAUAAUAUUCUCGUAGAUGACGAUGAUAUGAUAGAUUUAGACACAAACGGAGGUUCUACUAUUACUGUAUAG